UGCAAUUUGGUUUGAGCUCUAGAGAUAUGGCAGCAGUUCAGAGCUCUGCUUAUGAUGACCCAAACCUGGGGUCAGGCCCGGAUGAGGAUUCCUCCGAAAUAUCAUUAUUAAGAGAAGAGUCGGAUUCGGGAAGCGUGCUUUCUGAUGAUUCUAUUUUCCCUGAUUACGAACGUGAAGAUGGAAAAAAGGGAACUGCCAACACUCUGUAUGAGGCCUGCAUCCAAAAUGACACACAAGCACUGAAGAUAGUGUUGGAGCGAGGUGUGACCCGUGACGAGGUCAUUGAAGUUGACAUUAAUGGCUGGAAUGGGUUGAUGGUGGCUGCAUAUAAAGGCUUUCUACCGAUUGUUUAUGGGCUGCAUGGCUGUCCGCAUCUGGACAUUAACCAUCAAGACAACGAUGGCAACACUGCUCUAAUGAUUGCAGCUCAAGCUGGUCAUGUCUCCAUAUGUAAUUACAUCAUGAAUUACUUCCCUGGAGCAGAUACAGAGAUCAGAGACAACAGAGGAUUUACUGCGCUCAUUAAAGCUGCCAUACAGGGCAGGGAUGAUGUGGUGGCAGCUCUUAUAAUGCACGGUGCGGAUGUAAAUGCUGUAGACUCAAACCGUGGGAAAUGCGCACGUGACUGGGCACUGAAAACAGGUCGCUUCGACACACUGCAUCGUCUGCGCCGCCUUGCACUACGCCCCACUGCAGAACAGUUUUGUGACACCUACAUCCCUGAGUGGCCCAAACUUAAGGUGCUGGUUGCCAAAGCAACAGCCAAUAAGACUACUGGUCAGAAGUUGACUCAUCAUUUCAAGAGCACAUUUGGUUUCAGCUUCCCACGUGACCCGCAGGACAAUGGUGUCAUGGAUCAUAUGGUGCAGAUGACCACCAGCCUUCGCAGCCCACUCAUAGCCAUGGCCACACACCCACUGUGCCCAAGCAGCCCUCCAGAGGCGGGAAAACGGCGACUGGCUGUGGCUGAGCUUGUGCAGAAGCACUCAGGGACAGAGCUGGAGGAGAGUUCGCUUUGCCAUAGAAACAGCUCCAUAACCUCCAUUUCUCCCUCUGUCCACUUGGCCGGGUCUGCCUAUGUGUCCUGCUGUGCUGAUACAGAGAGGCGUGGCAGUGUGCUUUCCAUUGCUCAGUCUGGUAUGCAUACCUUCAUCCCUCGUAGUGUAGCAUCCAGACGUAACAGCAUUUUCCCCUCGGGCUGUGUUCCACAGAUCAAAGUCACAAAGUCUUCCGAGCCCACCCCAAAGAAGGAGAAAAAGAACAAAAGACAGAAGGGUUACUUGGAGCCUCCAAAGUGGAAGUACAAGGAGGCUAAGGAGGAGAAGAAGAAAGAGAAGAAAGCACUAAAAGAAAAGGAAGAGAAGGAGAAGAAAAGCAAAGACAAGGAAAAAAGAAAAAAAAAGUGAUGAUUGAAGUGGGUGGUGAAGUCCAUAAAGAUCCCAUAAAAUCACUUAAGCGCAGUUUUCUCUCCUGUGUUGUCCAAUUUCCCAUUAGGCAGGCUGUUUUGAGGAGCUCUAUUAGCCAAUAGAUUUAAUUACAUCAAAGCCAUGAAUCAUUAUGUGCUACUUGGUUGAAGGUGGCUUGGACUGCUGCUCCCUAUGUGCAGAUUAUGCAGUCUGCGUAGGGCACCAAACUCCAAGGCAAAAAAGAAAUCCAUCAUACGUUAUUGAAGGACCCAACACCAACACCCCACCCCCCAAACACUUUCUGGUCUAUA